GCAGUUACCCACGGACCUGCCUCAUCCGAGACUCAGACCCACCCCCCACCACCGCAUGAAGACAUGACUCCACGACCACACACUACCACAGAGGAGGGGGCACCACUGCACCCUACGACCAGCCCACACGAGCCAUAUACCCCCACAGGCAACCCAAACGCAAAUGCAGGCGACAAUAAGCACCAGAAGGCAGCGAUCCGAGACACAGCCCACAAGGAGCAUAAUCACACGUACACAUACAUACACGGGUUUCGCAGCCAUCAGAGACAUAGGUUAGACAACAACUGCCUCCCUAAACCACCAACACAAAACACAAACAACGCAGCCACAAA